AUGCCAAGAAAUCUGUCGGCAAUCUCGUUGCCAACUUCAAGCGCCUCGCCGAGAAGACGUCAGCAGUCCGCUAAGCUCAAUUCUUAUGGGAAGGCCAUGGAUCGCAUGAAGGAUGUCACAACCUCCCUUGCUCGUAACUCAUCCAUUCGUAACGAUCACAUUCUCGGUCAGCAGAAGUCGAUUGAUCAGAACCAGGUGGCAUCUCUGGCCCUGGCAAAAGACAUCACAGACCGUGACCAGACUCGGGAGAAAUACAUCACCGAUAGUGAGCGGGCCAUACAAUCCUUGACUAAGAACAUCAACCAAAACAAGCUUGCUAUCCUCUCUACUUGGCCAAGGGCGUCCAGGACCGCGACUAGAUUCUCCAGGACUCCACCAAAUCCCUCUCCAAGCACGACUCCGCCAUCGAACUCAACAAGAAAGUUACGCAAUCCUUGGGCCGAAGGCAACAAGAACUUCUCCAAGUGCCUCUCCGCCCACUCCUCCGCCAUCGACCUCAGCAAGAAAGCCACGCCAUCCUUGGCUCAAGGCACCAAGGACUUCUCCAAAUUCCUCUCCACCCACUCCUCCGCUAUCAACCUCAACAAGAAAGCUACCCAAUCCUUGGCUUAA